GGGCGCUGCUUCAUCUGUGUUUCCCCCAAUCCCUUUCCGCCCUGGUGCUGGGGACUAACUGCCAGCUCCUACUUUGGCCCUGCGAGGUUCUGGCCACGUGUUCGGAGAGGUGUUGUGUCCAGUGGGACCCUCCAAAGGGAAUAAUAUAUGAAAUGAUUGCGUUGUUAUUGGACUGCCUAAGUUCAUGCAUGCCUGUGUGUGUAUAUGGGUGGAAGCCAGAGUUUGAAGCUGAAGUCUUCCUUGAUUUUUCUCUGACUUACUUUUGAGGCAGCACCUCUCAUCGAACCCAAUCUGUCCACCUCUGCUCCCAGGUUGCUGGGAUACAGCCCUCUUGGGAUGAUUGUCGGCAACUAUUGGUGAACUAUCCUGUUCACCAAGGAAGAAAAGGAACGUAUCCAGGUGGAAGCUAAGAAAUUAGUUCCUGACACAAAUGGGGAGCCAACCACCAACCAGGCUCAUAUAGAUACCGGCUUUCCCUUGCAGAGACCUACCUGGGACUACAACCCAGCAGCAGGUCCUGUUUAGGAUGAAUGUGAUUUGGAGAAAUUGCAUUUGUCUUCUGAGGCCAGGGAAGGGGCCACACAGAUGCCAGAGUGGUGCUCCCCCGGUGGCCCCUCUGGGGUCAAGGAUCUUAACUGACCCAGCCAAAGUUUUUGAGCACAACAUGUGGGACCACGUGCAGUGGUCUAAAGAAGAAGAAGACGCAGCUAGGAAGAAAGUAGAGGAAAAUUCAGCCACACGAGUGGCCCCAGAAGAGCAAGUUAAAUUUGAAAGUGAUGCUAGCAAAUUCUGGGACACAUUUUACCAAACACAUAAAAAUAAGUUUUUCAAGAAUCGUAAUUGGCUCUUGAGGGAAUUUCCUGAAAUUCUUCCUGAUGAUCAAACCACGAAGGAGAAGGAGAGAGAAGCAUCCUGGGAUCAAGUCAGAAACAACCUCUCAAGAAUUCCCGGAAUGGAAAGCCACUGUGGAGAGCAUUCCAUCUCGUCAGAACCCCGGAGCAAAGCAAGGUCUGACUCUGCCAAUCCAGACUUGGAAGAACACAGCAAACGGUCUGGGAAGGCAGAGCAAUUUCCCGGCAGCAAUGCCACUUUCCGAGUCCUAGAGGUUGGCUGUGGUGCUGGAAAUAGUGUUUUUCCAAUCCUGAACACCUUGCAGAACAUCCCAGGAUCCUUUCUUUAUUGCUGUGAUUUUGCCCCUGAAGCCGUGGAGCUCGUGAAGUCGCACGAAUCCUACAGCGAGGCCCACUGUUCUGCCUUCAUUCAUGAUGUGUGCGAUGGCAGCCUGGCCUACCCUUUUCCAGACGGGAGCCUGGACGUCGUUCUCCUCAUCUUUGUACUCUCUUCCAUUCACCCUGACAGGAUGCAAGCCGUUGUCCACCGACUGUCCAGGUUGCUGAAGCCUGGGGGAAUGAUAUUAUUUCGGGAUCAUGGAAGAUACGAUAAUGUUCAGCUUCGUUUUAAAAAAGGACGUUGUCUAUCUGAAAAUUUUUAUGUCCGGGGAGAUGGUACCAGAGCCUACUUCUUUACAAAAGGAGAAAUCCAUCACAUGUUCCACAAGGCUGGAUUACACGAAAAGCAAAAUCUGGUUGAUCAUCGCUUGCAAGUUAAUAGGAAAAAACAGAUGAAAAUACACCGAGUGUGGGUUCAAGGAAAAUUCCAGAAGCCGUUGCCCUGGACUGAAAGGAGCUGAAAUCAGCAUUUUCACUCUUUCUCCUGACUGAACUAUGUGUCAUGCUAAGAUAUGAAACCAGGGUGUGAUAAUGGUCAAAGGCUUCUUUCCCAAAGACGGGUAGAAGGGCAUUUGCAGCCCUGCUGGUCUGCUGUCUGUGCUCUUUGGGCAUUUUAAGUACACGGAAGUGACUUGACAGAAUGUUCUACCCUCCGUGUUCUCAGAACUGGAAAUAAAUGUUUGGUCUUGUUUCAUCUAA